AUUUAACUUAAUUACAACAAAUAAAACAAUAUAAUGGCUGCCAUUAAAUCAGGCAUUAAAUUAUAUACGCUAUUCACGAUAGUGUGCGCGCUGGCCAUCAUUGUCGGGGCCUACGAGCCAGACCAAUCAGCGGUAAGCCGUGAGAAGCGUGAUGAGGGCGCAGAGGGAGGGGCGCCUUCAGCCGAGGGGGGAGGGGAGGCCUCCCCAGCGGCUGAAGCACCGGCUAAAACAGCUGAGCCCACGGCUGAGGGCGGGGAGAGUGGCGGUGGCGAAGACGAUAGCUUGUUUGGAAGGCCUAAAGACCCCGAGAAGAUCAAUAGAAUACUAAAAGAGACCUAUGAAGCAUUAAAAGCGCUUGGUUAUACUGUUUAA